GUAGAGAACAACACGACGACGACGACGACUCGGUGGGUCACGUGCGACGACGGCCACGGCGGCUCGUACCUCUACAAUCCGUUUACGAUGGAAAUCCAGCGGCCGUCCGAGCCGAACGACCUCGAGAAGCAGCUUCAGUUCCAGCGGUCGUUUGGCGCAUCCACGGGCACGACACCGACGUCGCUUGGGACGCCGAUCGAUGCACACACACGCGCCCUCAUGGCGCAGGAUCUGAGUGACGACGACGACGACGACGACAAUGGCGGUGUUCUGGCACCACCGGACGACGAGACCACCGCGAGAAAUGCAAUCAGAGACGACGACGACGACGACGACAACGAUUUCAUGAGCCAAGUACAAAAGCAAAUGACAUUUGCCACCGAAGCACCGGGUCGGCCGCCGGACGCGUUGUCACCUGAUACGACGCCCACGCCCCCGGAGACAGGCAUCACCCCCCGCGAGGAUACACCCACCCAACCGAGCAGCGAGAACACGCUAUUGGCAGCCCCAUCCGUGGCAGCCACCCUGCCGCUAGACGAUGAGCAGUCUUCAGACCGCGAGACGACGACUGCGCUCUGCGAAUUUGCCGCCGAGGAAAGCUCAAGCCCUGUGGACGACGCCUUCGAGCCGCUCCCACCCCCUCCAAUAGCAAGCAAAUCGAUCAACGUUGACGCCCCUCUUGUCCUCGCCGCGUCCCAAUCGAUCGACAUCCUUCCGCCAAUCAAUCCGAACGCGAGCCUCGCGCGCCAACCCACAUCGCUACCGGACCUACAUACGUGGCCCAGUGAUUUGCUCGCGAUGAAGCCAAUUUCACCCGCUUUGCUUCCGUACGUGCAUGGAUUUGAACCGUCACCGGCGCGCACCGACCUUGUCUCAAAGCACAAGCCGCUGCAUCCAAAGCCACCACCGCCAAAAAAAUGGCCAUCGAGACGCAAAAGGCGCGCUACCGUCAAGGCGUGGCUCGAGCGGAAGAAAGCCGAACAAGCCAAACUGCGCGCGCUUCAAGCCGCCCAUGACCCCAACGAGAUCCAAGCCGAGAAGGCGCGACGCCGCGCCGAAGCGCAGCACCAGUUUGAACUCUGGCGCCACGAGAAAGCCAAGCUCACGCACAAACUCGCCAAAGAAAAAAAAGCCGCCGAGCACGCCCGACUCGAGGACCGACGCGUGUUGCACGCGACGCACGCGGCCGAGAUCAAGGAGGUGCAGCUCAAGACACAGGAGCGCCUGGCGACCAUACAGCACGAAAAACACCAACAGCAACGCCACCGCCGACGCAAGGUCGCCAAGCUCGUGCAGCAGCGGCAGAGUCGAGAGUACGACGAUAUGCUGGACCGCCUCGAGAAGAUUCAAAGUGUCUUGACGCGCGUGACCCAGAAACCAUAGACGUCAUCGUCAUGUUGAACAACAUUUUUUGAAGGCAG